AUGAAGGAGAUUACGACGAAGAAGAAAAAGACAGCUUGCAUGGAUGUUGCCGCUAUGGCAUGGUCGAGUGACAACAGGAAGACCGCCGCGAAUAACCAUGUAGUCAUGAGGGAUAAACUUGAUGCCAAACCCCUAGCAUGGUCUGGGAACAAUUCUGCUGCUAAGAGGUAUAUCAGUGGCCCUAGCCCCAUAGAGAAGGAGAAAUGA